AAGGAAAAAAGAAAAGAAAACUUGUGAAUGCUACUAAUAUAUCAAUGCCAGCUAUUGGUAUUGUUGCAAAUAUUCAACACCUUCCUCUAGGUUUUAGCACUUCACAAAAAUCUAAUCAAUCCAAUACAAGUAAAUGUGGAUCAGUUACUGAAAAUAUAACGGGAGAGAUACAAGAAAAUAUAACAGAAGAGUUUAUAAUUGAAGCAAAUGAAGAUGAUGAUAACGUUAUUAUUAUUGGUAGUAAUGAAGAUACGGUACUUGAUAGUUUAUUGCAAAAGCUUAAAGAAUUACAACAAUAA